AAGUGAGGAAAAUUAAUAUGAAGAAAUGAAAUGAAAAAGAACAGAUCUUGAGAACCAAGCAAAGCAAUGGCAAUGGAGGAGAAGACCCAACUGGUCAAACUUUGCAUAGCUGCAGCGUGUGAGAGCAAACACAGCGUGGACCAAUGGCGGAAGCAGAAACGAACUCUCGAACGCCUACCUUCUCACCUCGCCGAAGCUCUGCUUCACAGUCUUCUCUCUCGUCGUCUCCUCUACCCUUCAUUACUCGAAAUUUUCAAGGACACUGUGGAGAAAGUUGAUCUUAGAGAUCAUAACUAUGUUGAUGGAGAAUGGAUGGCUUAUAUUGGAGCUUUUAAGUAUUUGAGUUCUUUGAAAGUUGCAGAUUGUACUAAGCUUAAUAAUUCUGCUCUUUGGGCUAUUUCAGGGAUGAAUAGUUUGAAGGAGUUGGAUCUUUCUAGGUGUUCUAAGGUUAAUGAUGCUGGUUUUAGUCAUGUUUUAUCUAUUUCAAGUUUGGAGAAAUUAUCUGUUUCGAAAACUGGUCUCACUGCUAAAGGACUUAAGCAUAUUUAUUUGCUUAGGAACUUGAUUGUGUUGGAUUUGGGUGGUUUGCCUGUUAAUGAUAUGACAUUGAACUCAAUUAAGGGACUCACAAAACUACAAUACCUUGAUCUUUGGGGAAGUGAAGUAUCAGACAAAGGGGUUUGUGUUCUUCAAGUUCUUCCCAGUUUGAGUUUCUUGAAUCUAACUUGGACCAAUGUUAGAAAGUUGCCAAAUUUAUCGUCACUCGAAUGCUUGAACAUGAGUAACUGCACAAUUGAAUCUCUACUUAAAGGGAAUGGUGAUAAAGCUCCUUUAACUAGACUUGUUAUCUCCGGUGCCACCUUCAUAGACGACUCUGAAGCCUUUAUGCAUACCGAAAUGAGUUUUCUGUCGUAUCUUGAUCUAUCAAACUCGUCACUCUCAACAUUUUGCUUCUUACCCCGUCUGAACAUGCUGGAACAUUUGAAUCUCAGCUCUACCAUGGUGGGAGACGAUGAAGUCGAAGAGUUUGCAAGUAUAGGCGAAAAUUUGAGAUAUCUUAACCUUAGCAAGACGAAAGUAAGCAACAUUGGAAUAGAGAUCUUAACCGGACAUACUCCCAAACUCGAAAUAUUAUCCUUAUCUGACACAUCAAUUGAUGAUAUAGCCAUCUCAUACAUCAGCCUAAUGCCUUGUCUGAAAGAAAUUGACUUGAGCAAUACAAACAUCAAAGGUCUAAUUUACCAAGAUGGUGGCCCUGAGAUGGAUCCAAUUUUGUCAUUGGAAGCACUACAAAGGCUCAAGAAUUUGAAGAAGUUGAAUUUGGAAGGAACCCAAGUGAGGGAUUCAGCUCUCUCCUCUGUAUCAAGCUUAAUUGAAUUAACCCAUUUAUCACUUAGAGAUGCAUCCCUUACAGACAUCUCUCUAUCCUACAUAUCAUCAUUAACAAAACUAACAAAUCUAAGCAUACACGACGCGGUCCUUACAAGCUCGGGGCUGAACUCGUAUCAAACCCCCGCAUCACUUAAACUUAUGGAUGUCAUGGGGUGUUGGCUCUUGACUAAGGAUGACAUCGUUUCGUUUUGUAAAACUCAUCCUCACAUUGAGGUAAGACACGAACAUGUUCAUGUAAUUCCGUCAGACCAAAGUUGUUUGAAUCAUCGUUCAUCCCCUUCCCGAGCAACACAAUUUCGUCGGGAGAAUAUUAGAAAGAUGCCCAUAUCUCCUUGUUUUGUAGAUCAAAGGUUAAAGUACACAAGGGAAGAGCUACUUGGGUUGCAGCAAUUUGCAUCUUUAUCCCCUACACCGCCUCCUCGCGAUGGUGAUUAGCCGAAUGUCAAACUCGAAUUAGCCGAAUUACUUAUAACCAUUGUUGUAGUAGUCUAAUUGCUAAACCACAAGUUGUUUUCUUUUCAUCAUUUUUUAGAUUUAUACAAUCCAAAGGAAAAAUAUGAAAGAGUGUGUCAAAAUCUGAAUUGUAGUGUUACUUUUCUUAAACCAGUUUUGUUUUUUAUGGUACCAAUCAGAGAAUAAAAAUGUGUUAAAAAAAAAAA